UCCCACUCACCCCAACUCUCCAUCUGCCUGCCUACCCGCUCUGCUUGCUACCUGCCUCUCGGUGUUUAAAAUGACCAAACCCAAAAGCAGGCCUUGCCCUUACUGCCAGGUCAUGAAUACUGCCAACCGCAAAACAUGCCUUUCAUGUUUUGCAAGCCUCUCAACAAAAGAGAGGAUUAAGUCCAAGGAGGAGAGUUUGCAUGUUGGGGACUGGGGGGAGAAUGUAAAGAAGCACCGCAACGCAGGCAGAGUGAUAGAUUCAGCCCGCAUAUCUGUCAAUAAGCUGCAUGAACUGGACUUAAAGCCCCUGCUCUUCAUGGGCAAAGAGAAGAGAGGGGGGGGGGGGUUUACAGCAGAGGUCAUUGCAGGCAUAGGCUUCAUACCAGAGGGGCCUGUGAGGGAGAUCAUUAAAAAAAUGACCACCCUUUAUGAAUACUAUCUUAAAUACCACAAUAGCCUUCUUGCCACAGCUGGUGAAGAAACACCAGAUGAAACACCAGAAGCAACAUCCCCUGCCUCCACUCAGGAUCAAACCUUCACCCUUAACCUUGUGCCGGUCCCCCACACACCUCCUAUGACUCCCUCUCUCUCUUCAUCUACUCUUCCUACUCCCUCUCUCUCUUCAUCUACUCUUCCUACUCCCUCUCUCUCUUCAUCUACUCUUCCUACUCCCUCUCUCUCUUCAUCUACUCUUCCUACUCCCUCUCUCUCUUCAUCUACUCUUCCUACUCCCUCUCUCUCUUCAUCUACUCUUCCUACUCCCUCUCUCUCUUCAUCUACUCUUCCUAUUCCCUCUCUCUCUUCACCUCCUCUUCCCUCGAACUCUCUCUCUUCACCUCCUCUUCCCCCCAACUCUCUCUCCUCACCUCCUAUGACUCCCUCUCUCUCUUCACCUCCUCUUCUCUCAAACUCUCUCUUCAUCUACUCUUCCUACUCCCUCUCUCUCUUCACAUCCUAUGACUCCCUCUCUCUCUUCCCCUCCUCUUCCCUCCCACUCUUUCUCUUCUCCUGCUCUUCCCUCCCAUUCUUUCUCCGCACCUCCUUUCCCCAGUCCCUCGCUCUCUUUACCUCCUUCACCAACCCUCUCUCUAUGUUACCCACUUUCUACUCCUUCCCUCAUCUCUUCUCCUCAAAAAGGUCUUCCCAAAAUUCAGUACCCGGGAAAAAGAAAAAUAAUUUAACGCUGCAAUUUCCUGUUUAAAAAGAGGGACGCUCAAAGCAGUGUAAAAGAAUGGGAGGAUACCUGGAAGCCUGCUGUUAAUAUGUCUGUGCCUAGCUGCCUGGUUAUUGUUUUAAGAGUUCCCAGUUCUGUAUUUGUUAUUGAUAUACACUGUAACAUUUUAUGAGCUUGUUGUGAUACUGUUACGGCCACUGUUCUCUGUUCAUGUUUUGUUUGUUAUCAACUUCCUGGGUUCUGGGCAUCGAUUGUGGUUCAACUUGGCUGCCUCCAUAACACUUAACUUAUAACAUGGGUGAGUUGGUGACCUAGCUAACGUUUUCGGGUUUUUGUUUUAGAUUCACUGUUAGGUAAGGGAGCGCGCUGGCUCCGCCUUCCCAUUGCGGGGAGGGCCAGCGGCUACCAGGUUUUGGUUUUAUUUUCACUAACUCAGUCUUGUUUUUCUGUUCAAUAAACUUUGGUAUUAUUUUUAUAAA